UCAGUGCUGUGAUAACCAAAACCAACGCUAGACGUAUAUACCACAAUAAUAAUAACGUGAGCUCUGAAGUUUUUCAAGUGCUUUCAAAACAAAGGCCAACAACUCAACUCUAAAACAUAAAUAUAAACAGAAACUGUAAAAGUGUCAACAAGCUAAGGAAUUCCACAAUAAAUUCUGUGUAAAUGUGCUAAAGAACUACAACAAAAGAACUAAAAGCACGAAAAUAGAUCAACAAAAAUAUAAAAGUGUACAAGUGAAAAUUAAACCAAAAUUCAAAAUGAAACUAAGACUUUUACGCUGUUUGCGACCAGCAGCCAAGCAGCAAGCCAUGGCGCAUACCCCAAACCCAAAGCAACAGCUACAAACGCAUCAUCAUAUGAUCAAGGAUCUAAGCUCCAACUUCAAGGACACCACGGUCAAAAUACUGCUGCUGGGCACCGCUGAAUCUGGCAAGACAACCAUCAUUAAGCAAAUGCGCAUACUACACAUCAACGGCUUCACCGACGACGAACGCCGCGAGAAGAUACCAGAAAUCUAUCAGAACAUACACGACUCUAUCAAUCAGCUGGUGAUGCAUAUGGGACUCUUGGGUCUGCGCUUUGGCAGCUGCACCAGCGAGCGUAGCGCCAACUAUAUUCUAUCUCUGCCUGCUGAGGCGCCUGAGUAUUUCAAUGAGGAGUACUGUGAUCAUGUUACGACGCUUUGGAAUGAUGUGGGCAUUCGUGCUUGCUAUGAUCGUUCGAAUGAAUUCCCUCUGCUGGACAGCGCCAAAUACUUUCUCGAUAAUUUUGCGAGAAUUUGUGAUGUCGAUUAUAUUCCCAGCACGGAGGAUAUUUUACAUAGUCGCAAAGUGACCACGGGCAUCACUCAGAUCACAUUCCGUGUGCCUGUGGGCAGUGGUGAGCAAGAGUUCCGCAUGUACGAUGUGGGCGGCCAGCGUGAUGAGCGCAACAAGUGGAUUCAAGUUUUUGAGGGCAUACAGGCUGUGCUCUUCCUCAUUUCCUGCAGUGAAUUCGAUCAGAAUCUGCGUGAAGAUGGCAAUCAGAAUCGUUUGCAGGAGGCGCUGAAUCUAUUUCGCGCCGUAUGGCAGAAUCGCUUUCUCGCCUCCGCCGGCCUUAUAGUUUUCCUCAACAAGUACGAUAUUAUGGAACGCAAGAUACGCGCCGGCAAGCAUAUUGUCGACUAUUUUCCCGAUUUUGAGGACUUUUGCAAGCGGCCACAGCAGCAACAGAGCUGUUUUGAUGAGUGCGACUGGACCAAGAUGUUCAUCAAGCAAAAGAUGAUCGACAUUACGCAGGAGCAAUUCAAGCGUAACUCGCGCAAUCUCUGCGACUUUAGCUCAGCGGAGCGCGAGUGCUAUUAUCAUUUCACCGUUGCCACAGAUACGCGUUGCAUACGCGACGUAUUUAGCGACGUGCAGCAAAUGAUUCUAUCCGAAAACAUGACCAUGGCGGGCUCCACACUCUUCUAAGCCUGCUUCAUCCAUCUCUCAAGGCCGCCUGCACAGCGCCUUGAUCAACUGUGAUUUUGUACGUUUCUGCUACAAUGAAAUGUUAAGUUUAAGCGAAAUUAUUUAUAGUUUAAAUCUAAAUACAAAA